CCCUUCAGUCAUCCGCCAGACGUGAGAGAAGGAGGCUGUGUGUUCUGGUGCUCCCGGUAACCUUGAGGCGAGGCUUGACAUUGGAAAGUUCCCCCGUGAGAGACUGAACGAAACUUUUCCCUUCUUUUCAACGGGUUCACUAUUUGGGUUUUCGUCCAGUUUCAUCUGUUUUUUUUUUGUUGCUGUAUCGUUGAGAUGUUCCCAGCGGCGUGGAGGGGGGCGGGGCGGGGCGUAGCGGCGGCGAAGGCAGUGUCGGCGGGGAGUCGCGGCGUCUCCACCCGGGGCGCCGUGGCUGCGGGUGCGUCCUCGGCGGCACAGGAGGCCCCGCCCGCCACGCCCGGCCUCAGCACGCCCGAGGUGAUCGCGCGGGAGGCGAAGUUCGGCGCGCACAACUAUCACCCGCUGCCCGUGGCCAUCAGCCGGGCGCAAGGUGUGUUUAUGUGGGACGUCGAGGGCAAGAAAUACUACGACUUCUUGAGCGCCUAUUCCGCUGUCAACCAGGGCCACAGCCACCCUAGGAUUCUGGCGGCACUGCAGGACCAGGCGUCAGUGCUCACCCUCACCUCACGGGCGUUCUAUAACAAUGUGCUGGGAGAGUACGAAGAGUUUGUGACGAGCCUGUUUGGGUACGAUAAGCUCCUGCCCAUGAACACAGGCGUGGAGGCGGGUGAAACAGCGUGCAAGAUCUCCCGUAAAUGGGGGUACGAGGUGAAGGGCAUCCCACCCAACCAGGCCAAAAUUGUCUUCGCGCGGAACAACUUCUGGGGCCGCACGCUCUCCGCCAUCUCCUCCUCCACGGACCCCACGGCGUACGGAGGCUUCGGUCCAUACAUGCCGGGGUUCUCGCUGAUACCCUAUGAUGACCUGAAGGCGCUGGAGGAGGCCAUAUCGGACCCGACUGUGGCUGCGUUCAUGGUGGAGCCCAUCCAGGGGGAGGCAGGGGUGGUGGUGCCCCAGGACGGAUACCUCAGGGGCAUCCGUGAGCUGUGUGACCGUCAUAAUGUACUGUGGAUUGCGGAUGAGGUUCAGACCGGCCUGGCACGCACCGGGAAGCGCCUGGCAGUGGACCACGAGGGCGUCAAGCCGGACCUUCUGCUGCUGGGCAAGGCGCUGUCCGGGGGCGUGUACCCGGUGUCGGCGGUGCUUGCUGACGACCCGGUGAUGAUGGUGAUCCGGCCAGGUGAACACGGCUCUACCUACGGCGGCAACCCUCUGGCCUGCAAGGUCGGCAUGGCAGCGCUGCGGGUGAUGGAGGAGGAGAAGCUUGCCGAGAACGCUGAGAGGAUGGGUCAGGUCCUGCGCGCUGAGCUGAACACGCUGCCCAAGGAGGUGGUGUCCAUCGUGCGAGGGAAGGGGCUGCUCAACGCCAUAGUGAUCAAUAAGAAGUUCGACGCAUGGGAGGUGUGUCUGCGGCUGAAGGAAAAUGGAUUAUUGGCCAAACCAACACACGGGGACAUCAUCCGCUUCGCCCCGCCGCUGACCAUCACAGAGGAGCAAAUAGAAGAGUGCGUCCACAUCAUCCAGAAGACUGUGGAGAGCCUGUGAGGGACUGGAUGAGUGACUGGGUGAGUGAGUGGAUGAUGAGGGAAGAGAUGGAUGACUUAAGGAAACAGAUUUACAUAGAUUUACAUGGAUGACCGGAUCUUACUAUUGCUGGCAGGGUGAUUGGGUGGAUGAUGAGGGAAGAGAUGGAUGACUUAAGGAAACAGAUUUACAUAGAUUUACAUGGAUGACCGGAUCUUACUAUUGCUGUCUGGGUGAUUGGGUGGAUGAUGAGGGAAGAGAUGGAUGACUUAAGGAAACAGAUUUACAUAGAUUUACAUGGAUGACCGGAUCUUACUAUCGCUGUCUGGGUGAUUGGGUGGGCGGGUGAAAGUGGUGUUGAUGGGUGAAGAGACGGAUGAUGUUAAGAAAAGAGGGAUUUUAUUAUGUAAGACGACGAAGAAGAAAUUUUAAGAGAAUGUUAAAUUAGCUAGGAAAUAAAGAAAGAAAUAAUAGAUGUUAAGUUGAAAAUACAAAGAAGAAAAAUGAUGUUAAAUAAGAUAGUUAACAAAGAAAGAAGAAAGAAAAUGGUAAGAUAGCAAAAAAAAAUAUAGAUGCAAAAAUGAAUAUGGCUCUCUAUAUUUCUUCCGUGUAUAAAUUUAAAAAGACCUUCAAUUAUAAAUGUCAUCAAUUCGUCGCUACAGAAUCGUGUAAACAAAAUAAAUCUCUUUUUUGUAUGUU